AGUUUUUCAAAAAAAAAGAAAAACUCAAAGAUGAAUAAAUAAUUUUUUAUUUUGAGCGAAGAAGGCACAUCCUUUGUCGAGAAGAGAAGAAGCAUGAAGUGGUGGGCUUUAAAGUGGAUGAUGGGCCGGUGGGCGAUAAAAAGAAUGAAUAGCUCGUCCGCUUCAGUGUGGUGAGCGUUGGUGGCGGCGGCGCAGGGAAAGGGAAAGGGAGCAAGGAAGAAGGGAAGGGCGACGAACCCUAGCUCUGGCAGGUGAAGCUGAUGGCUGCUGUGCUCCGAUCCGCGGCGAGGCGGUUGGCCGGCGAGCUGCCGGCGGCUGAGAUGGGGCUCCACCGCCUCCCUCUGCACUCCCAGUCCCAGGUCAAUGUUUGGAGCGCCUCAUCUGCUCCUGGCUCUGCCCCCUCUUCUCUGACCAAGACCAAGGCGGUGAUCAAGAGCACCCUUCUACCACAACUCAUCCCGCGCCGCACGAUGUCCUCCUCCUCCGGUCGCGCCGCCUCUCAACCAGCCGACAAGUUUUGCUUUUACCUGAGGGGCGCGAGGAUGACAGCUAUGCAAGAACCAGGCUCAAAAGUACUUAGCACGAUAAUUCUCGUGAGAAGUGAAGAAGAAUGUUUGAAUGAUUUCUGGUAUUUCAUGAGUGUGGUAAAGAAGAAUGAGGUUCAGCGUGCAAAGGAGAUGGAAUACAUAAAUAUGAAGUCCAGAUACGAUGAGGAAUGGGAAAAGGUACAAAAUCUGCCAUGGGUCCAGAAGUUGGAGAACCUCCAAGAUCACCUUUCAAACAAGGCUUGGGUUUUAGUUCCUGGUGGCUUACUGCUUGCCGGCCUGGGGGAGUCCUCAGACUGGAAGCUGCCAAGAGGCCAACACGCACCACCCCCUGGACCUGGAGAGGAGAAGACCCCUUUCGAGAAGAAUCCUGUAGAGGAUAUGUUCUAAGCCUUGAAACGGUGGGGGUCAUGACAAGCCUAGUAGGGCUAAGAAACUUGCAAAGUUUAAUUGGUUUCGUAAGAUUUGAUUCUUAGUUUCUUUGCUGUGACAAGGAGGGUGCCUAGCUAUAUCUCGGCUGCUGCUGAAAUUAACGAAACUUUGAGCCACUUAUGUGUUGACCUUUUAAUGUACUCCAUGUCCACCCUAACUUUGAGUUCACCCUAACGAGGUUAUAACGGUAUCUGAACAAUCGGACGGACAA